AACUUGACAGAAUUUGAGAAAAAUUCAUCAAAAAAAAUAAUGAGCGGUGAUUUUCCUUCUCAGUACCUACAAGCAAAUGGAAAUGGUUCCUUUACGGGAGCUAAUACACAGCAAAUGAGUACUGGUUAUGAAAUUCAACAGCACCACCCUACUUAUCCCUGGAUGGGCUCAGAUCAGCAACUCGUCUCUAAUCAGACAAUUAUUUCAGGAGCCACGAUAGCAACUCCGCCAACAACUUUAAAUGCUUCUAAUGUUGCUACAACUUCAUCCAAGUCUCUUUAUCACACACAGAGUUCCGAAACUAAUAAUAAUUUUAUACAGGCACAAAAUACUCCUAUAGUCGGUUCAAAUGUUAGGAAACCAAAUAUUAAACAAGCAGAUAAUAACGUAAAUGCGAAUGUAAACACACCUAUUAAUACAAAUGGUGGAGUUACUAUUGGAAACAAUCAAAAUAGAACUCCAGAAUAUAUUGAUUAUACUCAAAAAUGUGUUCAAUUGAUCCUUGAAAUAAAUUACGAAUUGAUCCGUGUUUGUAUUGACUAUCAAAAUAAAGGAAUAACCAAUGAUCAGGAUUUGGCAAUGUAUAAAUCACGUCUUCAGGCUAAUUUAUCAUAUUUAGCAACUGUAGCAGAUGAGUAUAAUGGAAAUUCCCGUAACCCGGAUUUACAAGAAUUCAAGCAAAAGAUGAUUCCUGACCUAUCUCCAUUACCUAUACCUCGUAGUAGUUUUGGACAAAAAAUAAAUACUCUUCUUCAGCGAGCUAGCCAGGUUUUCGCCCAUCAAAAAAAAUUUCAAAGAAUUGGUACCAAUCCAGCGCUCGCAGUUCUUGCUAGCAAUAAUGCAUCUAACAAUAAUAAUAAUUCUAGUACUAUAACUACCAGUCAUAUGUUAGAUCCAAGUUCGACAUCGCCACCACGUCAAUUUAAAAUGGGACAACCUCCCAAUAGCAGCAUUAUAGGAGCUGUGAUAAGUAAUUCACCAGAAUAUCAGUUAUAUCAAAAGCAGCAACAGCAACAGCAACAGCAACCACCACCACCAACAAUGCCACCACAACCCCAACAUCCGCAGCAAGUUCAACACCAACAAAAAUCCCAACAAUCUCCUCAACAAAAGCAAAUGCUCCAACAACAAACAUCACAGCAGUUGCAUCAACCACAGCAGAAUUCUCAACAAUCUGCAAAUCGAUUCACCAAUUCUAUGAUGCCAACUGCAACAAUUUCUACAACUUAUCAACAACAUCACCCCACUCCCCAACAUCAGAACAUGUCCACUACAAGUAAUAUUUCCGAUUAUGCAAUGAUGAAUGCUUCAACAAACUCAGAACAAUCAUAUCAAGUAUCAUUACCACCUUUGGUUGGGAUUGGAAAUAUGUCAAUGGGAAAUACGGGUGCUGGAAACGGAGGGGCUGGAAAUAUACAAGGAUCAGGAAUAUUGCCUUCAAUAAUUGGAAUUGGGGAUCAAUAUGGAAUGUCUCAGCAGCAACAACUUCAACAAUUACAAAAUGUUGGAUAUGCAGGAUAUAUAGGAGGUGGAGGCACUGGUGCAGGAAUAAGUGGUACUGGAUUUGGAACAACAAAUGCUUACGGCAUGAUGCGAUAUCCAAGUGCUGGUGGAAAUGGAAUGGGAAAUAAUCCAUUAGCCGGAAAUCCAUUGACUGGAAACUCAUUGUCUGGAAAUUCAUUAGCUGGAAGUUCAUUGACUAGCACUGUUAUGGGUGGAGGAGGAAAUGGGCUAGCUGGCAGUGGAUUAGCUAAUAAUAUGGGAGGAAUCAUGAGCGGUAAUAAUUAUGGAAAUAAUACCAUUGUAGGAAAUUCAUUAGGGUUACCAAGUAUGAUGAAUCAUGAUAAUGGCAUGGGAUGAUAUUAGGUUGAGAAUUACGUGUAGGUAAUCUUUAUUUACUAUUAAAAAUAAUUGGACUUUGUUUCAUUAAAAUGAUAUGAUUAGAAUUGGAAUCUUUUUUUUAAUUAAAUUAUUGAGGAAAAAAAAAAUCAUUAAUUUGAAAUUAAUUCAUUUGUCAUUAUAAAUCUUCAAAUUAUCAAGAAAAAACAUCAAUUGAAAUUAAUUCAUUUUCAUUAAAAAAAAUUCUUCAGAUUAUCAAGAAACGAAUAAUUUAGUAAUAUUUGAUGAUUCCAAUAAUACUCUGCUUCCAAACAAAUUAUAUUGACUAGAAUAUUAAAUCUGAUAAAAUACUUUAUUUUUGAUUUGACUAGAGAUAAAUCAUGUGAA